AGCCAGGUGCGCAUCGCCCGGCCGUCCGUGCCGCUCGCCGCUCCGUCCGAUACCCCGAUACGUCGGCUGCCCUGCCGGCCCUGCCCCUCUGCGUGCAACUGCGUGCCUGCGCGUCAGCAAGAACGUCGUCACCGUCAGUGCGCGUGACGCCGUGACAGUGCGAGUGCCAGUGCCAGUGACAUCCGUGCGACUGUUGUGGUGUGGAGUGGGCGUCGUCUGCUAGCGCGGCGAAGCGAGGCGUAGCGAGGCGCCCCGAAGAGGCGCCCAGGACGUGGUGCAGUGAGUGUUGCGACCCUGGCUCACGGACCAGCCUUGUUGAUGAGGCAGGACGAGAUCCGCUUCUCGUUCGCGCAGGCCCCGUCGCUGUCCCCGUCCGUCAGCCCCGCCAGCCUCAAGAUGGACCCCUCGGCGCAGACGGUGGGGGUUGGCGUGGGGGUCUUCGGUCCCGGGGGCAUCCCGGGGCCCGUGCUGGACAACUGUCUCACGAUGAACCAGCAGUGCAAAGUGUGCGGCGAGCCGGCGGCGGGCUUCCACUUCGGCGCUUUCACCUGCGAGGGCUGCAAGUCGUUCUUCGGCCGGACGUACAACAACCUGGGCUCCAUCACCGAGUGCAAGAACCAAGGGUCGUGCGUCAUCAACAAGAAGAACCGCACGUCGUGCAAGGCGUGCCGGCUGCGCAAGUGCCUGCUGGUGGGCAUGUCCAAGAGCGGCUCGCGGUACGGCCGCAGGUCCAACUGGUUCAAGAUCCACUGCCUGCUGCAGCAGCAGAGCCAGAACCAGGGCGCCACCCCCAGCCCCACGUCGCCGUUCUACCCCGGGGCCUUCCUGCACAGCCCGUUCCUGGGCGCCGGGCAGCCCGGCCAGCUCGGGGACUUUGGCCACCACCACCCCGCCCUGGGGCUGCACGCCGACCACGUCAAGGAGGAGCAGGCCCGCAGCGAGCGCGUCGAACGCAGCGAGCGGUCCGAGCGGUCCGCCAGCUCGCACUCGGAGUACAGCUCGUCGGGCGAGAAUGACCACGACUCGAGCAGGUCGCCGAACACCUUCAUCCGGCCGCCCUCCUCGCACCAGACGCCGUCGCCCUUCAGCGAGCCCGAGCUCCUCAGCGCGCGGGCCAAGUUCGUGUCCGAGGCCAUGAGGUCGCCGACGCCGCCCCCCAUGAGCUACACGACGCCGCCACCCCUGCCCGGCGCCGUCGCCUCCCCCAGGGUCCUGUUCCCGCCGCUGCCCAUGGUCCCCGGCGUUGCGAGGCCCGGGCUGGCGCCCACCCUCAUGUUCCUCGACCCCAGCUGCCCACCCCGCGCCGGCGGCGACCUGGCGCUGGCUAGCCCCGCCCUGGGAGGCGUCGCGGAGGACCAGGACCAGCCCAUGGACCUGUCCGUCAAGGGCACCACCCUCUCCGCGAGAACGUCGCCGUCCCCCGCCCACUCCCCCGCCAAGCUGCCAUCAGAGCACGGCGACGAGGGCACCAAAGACACCAAGGAGUGCGUGCUGGACCUCACGAGCAAGCGUGGCUGCGAAGUUCCUCAAUCCGGCUAACUGUAGGAUUUAGGUUUAGUGAUGCGGUGCGGCUUUUAUUAAUUGUAUUUCGCCACCGCUGUUUAAAUUUAAAUUAGAUGAAAUUUGAAGUUUUACUCUGUGAAUUUUUGUGGAGACGUGUCGCGAUGCACUUUGUGUGAAGUGGCUUGUUUAGUUCGUUCUAUUCAAUUUGAGUUGUACUAAUGCAACGAUGUUUCUUUAAGUUAUUUUUACUUUUGUCGCGUUAAACGUAAGACACCAUGGUGAUAGCACGCACUUUUGUGUUGUGUGGCUGAAAAUUAGUUGUAGGACGUCUUGGUGUUAAUGUAUACCAAUGAUAAAAAAAGUGAUUUAAGAAAAAACUAGUUUAAAUGGGCGUAUUGUAUCCUUUAUAGUGUAUUAUUUAUUUCCAGAGUUUUAUUAUAAUUGUGCUUCAACUACUUUUCGUCUAAAACACAAUUGUUUAAAACAAAAUGUUUUAGUUGGAAUGUUUGUAUGCACAGGUUCAGCCCAACGAAGUCAUAAAUACUAUUUUUAUAUUAUGAUAUUAUUUGUACACAGUAAAAUAUCUGAAAUGAUCGAUGUUGAUAUAAAUUGUGUGUCAUAGUAAGCUAUUUGUACAUAUACAAUUGUUUGAUUAUUGUACAUAGUUCAAAGACGUUCGUGUUUCACUAUUAUGGCACACAUUAUGUUUGUACAUUUGUUGUGUUUGAGCAUGAGUAAACGGAACCAAUGAGUACAAAACUGAA